GUGAGGACUGUAAAAGACUUCUCUGUUCACACUCUGGUCUGCAGCUAGGCAACGCUGGCACUGAGAGGUGGCACAUUUCUCUGACUGUUUUGAGCCUUUUGAUUUCUGGCUAAGGCACGAAGUGGACAGGAAAACUAGCAUCGAUCAUUCGUAGUUUUCAUUAGGGCAACUUUCUCUAUUUCACUGGGCUUGUUAUUGAACGUCCAUCAGACAUCCCUCCAUCCACCCACUUUCUGUGCCGCUUCUCCUCAAAGGGUCGCAGGUAGGCUGGAUCCUUUUCGAAGCUGAGGGCAAAAGGUGAGCUUCGUUACUGAAUCUUUGACAUGUUUGACCCCGUCUCUAGUUAGUCAGCUUCAGACAGCAGGAAUGAGCCAGACCGAGUGAGAUUUGCUGCCACUUAAGUAUCCUGCUUGUUGACAUGCAGUAAAGUUGUGCAACAUCAUUCCUGAACAUAUGCUCAGAACUUUGACCCGGUUUAUAGGUACAGUAUAAAACCGAGAUAAAAUUUUCACUUGGACUGAAGAGUCGGCAGAGAGCCGAGAAGGAAGAAGAACGUGAUCAUGGCCACGUGGAGCACGACGGCGGGAGCCCUCCUGUUAAUUCUUCAUGCUGUGUGCGGUCAAAGCAGCAUCAGGUGGUGCACCAUCUCGGACGCUGAGCAGAAAAAAUGUGAGGCCAUGUCCCAGGCUUUUGCCCAAGUCUCCAUCCGGCCAUCGCUCAGCUGCGUUCGUGGAACCACGGUGGAGAACUGCGUCCAAAAGCUCCAGAAAAACGAAGCUGAUGCUUUGUCCAUGUUUGCCUCUGACAUCUACAACCUGGGCAAGAGUGCCUCAUUCAAGAUAGCUGCCAGUGAAUCAAAGGCUGAUCGUACCGGGGCCUCUUACUUUGCAGUCGCCGUUGUAAAAAAGGUCAAUUCUGGCAUCAACAUCAAUAACCUGGCAGGGAAAAAGAGCUGCCACACUGGGAAAGGCCGAACAGCCGGAUGGAAGAUGCCCAUCGGAUAUUUCAUAGACCAGGGUUACAUGUCAGUCAUGGGCUGUGACUUCUCAAAGGGUGUGGCACAGUUUUUUAAUAGCAGCUGUGUUCCGGGAGCAAAUGAGGCCGGCGAUCCUGCGUCUCUGUGCAAGCUGUGCGCUGGCGAUGUAAAUGGACAACACAAAUGUGAAGCGAGCAACAAUGAACAAUAUUACAGCUAUGAAGGAGCUUUCAGGUGUCUGGCUGAAGGCGCAGGAGAUGUAGCUUUUAUCAAACACACAACAGUUGAAGACAAUACAGAUGGUCACGGCCCUGCCUGGGCACAUAAAUACAAAUCAGCAGACUAUGAGCUGUUGUGUCGUGAUGGAAGAAGAUUUCCCGUCAAUGAGUGGAAGACUUGCAAUCUGGUCCGCAUCCCAUCCCGCGGCAUUGUGGUUGGCAAUCACGUCACUCCCUCUGUAGUGUUUAACAUGCUUUCUCAGGGACUGGAGUCUGGAUUCAACAUGUUUUCCUCCAAGCCUUACGGUGAAGGAACGCUGCUCUUUUCGGAAUCCUCCGUCACGUUUCAGAGCGCCGAGUAUGACGACCCUAAGAAAUGGAUGGGUCAGCUCUAUCAUAAUGCCAUGAGUGCCAUGGACUGUAAACCUCCAGAAAGCCCUUUGCGGUGGUGUGUGCUGUCGACGGGAGAGCAGCAGAAAUGUGCUGCGAUGGGCUCGGCCUUUCAAAAUAAAGGCCUUACUCCGUCUGUCAACUGUAUCUAUGGUGACUCUGUGACAGACUGCAUGGAGAAAAUAAAGAACAAGGAGGCUGAUGCCAUCACUCUGGAUGGAGGUUAUAUCUUUACGGCUGGCAAGGACUAUGGCUUGGUCCCCGCGACUGGAGAGAGCUACACAGCGGAUCGGGAUGGCUCCAACUAUUAUGCGGUUGCGGUGGUGAAAAAGAGUAGCUAUGGCAUCAGGAGUCUUGAUGAUCUGAAAGGCCUUCAGUCCUGUCACACUGGAUUGGGGCGCACAGCUGGUUGGAACGUUCCCGUAUCAACCCUGAUAGAGAAAGGCCUGAUCAGCCCUCAACAUUGUCAGAUAGCCCAAGCGGUGGGUGGGUUUUUCAAGCAGAGCUGUGUACCAGGUGCUAAUCAGCCCGGUUUCCCGAGCAACCUGUGUGGCUUGUGUACUGGAGACAGCUUGGGGCAGAACAAAUGUGAGAAAGGAAAGGACCUGUACGAUGGAUACGACGGUGCCUUCAGGUGUCUGGCAACAGGUGGUGGAGAUGUGGCUUUCAUCAAGCAUUCAACUGUGUUCCAAAAUACUGAUGGGAACUCUGAUGAAAUUUGGGCCAGAGAUCUCCUGUCCAAAGACUUCCAGUUGCUUUGUCCGCAUAGCACCAAAGCCGAGGUCACCCAGUAUAAAUACUGUCAUCUGGCACGCGUUCCCUCCCAUGCCGUUAUGGUGCGGCCUGACACCAACAUCCACGCAAUCUAUGGGCUCCUGGACAAUGCACAGACAUAUUUUGGCAGCGACAUGGGUACAGAGUUCCGGAUGUUUGACUCGCAGGCAUACAGGGGCACAGAUCUUAUCUUCAAAGACUCCACCGUACGCCUCGUGGGGGUAGGUGACAGAAAGACCUACCAGGAGUGGCUGGGCCAAAACUACUUGGACUCACUUAUCAACAUGGAGUGUAAUGCAUCGUGUGCAGUGAUUUCCUCGCUGUGGUUGGUCACCGUAGCGCUGCUCUGCUCUGUGUUGACAGCCAUCUGAAAGUCAGCAUACGCAACGUCUUCUCCCACUCCCUUCCUUCCCUCACCCUGUUCCCUUGUCCUAAUCCUUCCAUCACAUAGCAUUGGUGAAAAAAAA